CUCAUACCCUCUCUUUCUUACACUUCUUUCUUCCAACGAACAAUGUCUCCCUCCUCUUCUCUUCUAAGUGUGCACUACACCGUCUGAAUUACGAAUCAUCUACCCGAGACCACUCCAUUACAAAACCCACUAAUACUCUUCGACUUCAGCAGGAGUUGCUGAAUUUGAACGAUGGCUCAAUUCACAGCACAAGGGCGCCUGAAACUGCUUUUCAACAGCGAUGGAAUUCGUUAUAAGCUAGUGGGAGGUGCGUUUGGUAAUGGGUUCAGAUCGUUUCAGCUCCACAAGGGGAAACUCAGUUUCUUAGGCUCUGAUACUACUAAGCUACAUGUUUUCUCCACUAGUGAAAACCCCAGAACCAGAAGCAAAUUUUACGCAGAAGCAAGGCUGAGUAUUGACGGUGAGAGUGAGAGUGGGAGUGGGAGUGAGGGCGAAGGGGGGAGUUAUGACGAUGACAGUGAUGAUUUUUAUGAGACUGAUUUUGAUACCGAUGAAUUGGCUUGCUUUAGAGGCUUGGUCUUGGAUAUCUCAUACAGGCCGGUCAAUGUUGUCUGCUGGCAGCGUGCUAUAUGUUUGGAGUCUAUGGAGAAGGCUGAUGUGUUAGAAUACUAUGAUCGGACAAUAAACUCUCCUGGCGGUUCAUACUACAUACCUGCAGUAUUGAGGGUUCCACAUCUGCUGCAGGUGGUUAAAAGGCGAAGAAUAAAAAACACCCUUAGCCGGAAAAGUAUAUUACGACGUGAUGGCUAUGAGUGCCAGUACUGUUCUUCAAGUGAGAUACUGACCAUUGACCAUGUCCUUCCGGCUUCACGAGGAGGAGAGUGGAAAUGGGAGAAUCUGGUUACUGCUUGUUCCAAGUGCAACUCAAAGAAGGGCCAGAAGACUCUGGAUGAAGUAAAUAUGAAGCUCAGAAAGGUCCCCAAGGUCCCAAAAGAUUACGACUUAAUUGCCAUACCGCUAACCAGUGCUGCACUGAGGAUGCUAAGGAGGAGGAAAGGGACACCUGACGAAUGGCGGCAAUAUCUGCCAGCAGAGCCAUGACGACCUCUUUUAUCAUUUUAUCUGAAACUUCCUACAUUCUUAUUAUGUUCUUAGUUCUUACUUAGUCCUGGGGUUCUAUACAGAUGAUGUCAAAUGCAAGAACCAUUAGAACCUCCAACCCUAAUGCCUACUGGUAACUGGUUCAUUCUGUACUACCAUUGAUCUUAUCUACUUCGGUGCUUCUCUAACCUGUUCUGAUGUCAAGUGUCAGCAGACCUAAAUGUGUCAAAACACAGGCUUAACUUCCAGCGGAGGCAAACCAGCAGGCAGCAGCUCAUCUGUGGAUUCAUGGAUUCUCCGCUUUUCCUCUUUUCCUAAUUAUUGUAUUUUCAGUCAUUCACAAGAUUGUCAACCCAGUUUAGUUCAUUGGUCUGGUCGAGCAAGUGGAGGUUUUUUUUUCCAGAAUUAACACAAAAAGAGUAAAUGUCAUGUCUGAUC